UCACACACAUUCACCAUCACACACUCACAAGUGCACUCUCAACCUCUCAGCACAAACUGAGACGGGCGUCCUGACCAGACAGACGUUGGCUACUGCGGAUCACGUAGAGGAGAAAACGCUCUACAGAGUCAAGAUGGACGCUGUUCAGGAUCGCAAGCCAAAAAGGCCCCACUACAUUCCCAGACCACCAGGAAAGCCUUUCAAUUACCAGUGUUUCCAGUGUCCUUUCACCUGCAAUGAAAAGUCCCAUCUCUUUAACCAUAUGAAAUACAACUUGUGUAAAAACUCCAUCUCCCUGAUGUCACAGAAAAAUGGGCAAACGGCCCGACAGAUCAAAGCUGUAGCAAAAGGGGCCCCUGGAAAACCAAAGGAUUCUGCAAACACCUUCCCAACAGCACAAAUGAAGAGUCCUGAAAAACAACAAGCUGAGAAGAACAAAGCUGAGAGCGGAGAUGAGACAGAAGAAGUAGAUGUUGGGUGUGACAGUCCAGUCAAUAAGGAGAACCAGAGUGUGACAAAGCCAAGUACACUCAGAGAAAGAGAGCACGGGGAGAGCACCGAAGACAAGGAUCUGCCACACCCAUCUGCUUUCUCCCCUGUCACACCCAACCGUGACGGAGCACAGGCCUUGAAGUCACCUGAGCAGCCGACAGAGGAAGCUCCCACUAUCAACCACUCCAGCUUUCCAUGGGGCAGAAUUUCAUCAACCAUUCCCUUAAAAGCAUUACCCCCUCUCAUGCUUCCUGAAUAUGCUCCUUAUCUCUUACCUGACCAACCCCUGUAUCCACCAUACUACCUCCCAGGACAUCCCCAGGUUAAUCAGCCAAACUCUUCUUCUUUCCAGCCAGAGUUUUUGGAUCAUCAGAGACCUUUAGUACAACAACCUAUUGCCCCGCAUCAUACAACCUCCUUUUCUCCUUACCCAUACAGAUACUGCCACACUCCCUCAGGACUCCCUCUACAUUACAACCUAUACAGACCUCAUGAGCUUUCUGUGCCAUAUACAGGACCCAGAUACCUUUCUCUGGAUUUCUGUGGUCAAACCUUUGGCCAUAAGGAUUAUGACUUAUACAUGCACUCACGUCCCAGUCACAACCUCCCACAUGGUUCUACACAAGAGGAGAGCCACCAUGGACAAAGUGGAGACAAGGCAACAAGGCUGAGCCCAAAAGAGGGCUGUUCAGCUCUGGGGUCCCCUGACAGACCAAGUCAAGCAAACUUCAUCCAAAAGGAUGCUGAAGCUUUACAAUACACCAGCAUGGGCCCGUCACAGUCCAUCUUUCAACUUGGACAAACAACUUCAGCCUUGCAAUCAGUGAAAAGAGAUUUAAGACAAGAGGAGUCUGCAGAAACCUUGCCGCAGUUAAGAACUCAGCAUUUGGAUGGAGGUUCAGCUGAGAACAGCAGACACCCCUUCGUGCCAUCUUCCAAGCCAUGUCCCGAAACUCUGUCAGAACAAGAAGACAAGGACGACACAGACAACCCGGCACCCCUCAACCUCUCAACAAGAAACCAGAAUCAAGACGGAAAAGCUGAGAACAGACUGGGAGGCUCUGACACACUGGAGUUAAAGGAGAACGAGCUGCCUCUAAACCUCAGCCUGAGAGCCUCUCACAGCAAUUCUGUACGUAGCUCUGCCACGAGCACUUCAGGGGAUCGUCCACAAACAUCUGAUGGAGAACAGGAUGAAGAACCGUUUGAUCAGAGGCAGACUGCAGCUCUGGCACUAUGCCAGCUCGCCACUGCAAGUUCAGCAGCUUCUUCAAGUGUUUUUAAUACAGUAAGCCAGCCUUCAACAGAUUCCACAGACACUACAAGUCCCACUUCUCAGAAUAAUACCAAACUACAAACCAGGGUGAAAGCAGCAGGCACAAAAAGACCAAACAGCGGUCAGGCUGAGAGCAAAUGCUAUAAAAUGAACAAGAAAGCAAAAGAAUCAGGGCGGGCUCUGAGGAGGAGGCCUCGUUGUUGCUGAAAACUUAACUGACUGUUCUUAUAUGUAGUAAGAGAAUCUCUAAUCUUCUCCGCUGCAAUCUUCAACAUAAGAAGACUUUUCACUAUGUUAAAUUAGCGCUGAAAGGUAUAUAACUUGCAGAUGUCAAUGUGACAUGUGAACAGUUGUGCCAUGAGAUAACACGUAAAAGAAAAUCUUGUUUAGUGCAAGGACUUGUCUUAGGUGUCUGCAUAACUUGAUUUAAAUGGGUGAAGGGGUCUUAUUUAAAAAAAUGACACAAUAUGAUUGUAUAAUGUAUAAAGCUGCAAAAGGAAAAUGUGGAAAUAUAAUGUAAAUAUCUGUAAAGAUGUCAAAUAAAACGUGAAAAAAAGUUUUACAU